UGUCAUCCAUGUGUCAGCUGUCCCUGUCAGAUGGUUUUCUUUUUUCUCUCUAUUUUUGUGUGGCGUAUAUAUACUUUCAACAAUAUAAUUAAAAUUUUCUUUUCAAGCAUUGUAGUGUAAAAAAAUUUUCCUUUUUUUCUUCUCACAACACCUCCAUCUUACCCGUCGCAUUAAUUUGAAACGGGCCAAAUAUUCAAUUGUUUAUAAAAAUUCAAAAUCAUGUCAUCUGAUGGCUGCAACAUCAUCGAGCACUACCAAAAAGCCAUCAAGAAAGCCCGCAACGAUGAAACCAAAUUACUUCAUUGCAUUGGAAAACUAGACGCUCUGCCAAUUACCAUCGAUCAUUUACAAAGAACUGGUGUGGGAAAAACAGUCAAUUCACUGAGAAAGUAUAAUGGAGAAGUUGGAGAUGCUGCUAAAGGACUCGUCACUAAAUGGAAAAAUAUGGUUGCUACCGGAGAAGUAGCUGCUGCGUCAUCACCAGAAAAACCACAAAACGGAUAUAAUAGCAUUGGUGCUACCGAUAAUGAGUAUUCCACCACCAAAACCCACAACGAAGUAAAAGAAACUGAAGCCCGACUUACAAAUAAUAAUGGUAAGCAUAAAGAUGAAAAAAGACAUUCAGAUAGACAAAGAGAUUCAAAUCAUAGGGAAGAAAAAAGGCAUUCCGAUGGCCAAAGAGAUCUGAAUCAUCACAGAGAGGAAAAAAGGCACUCAGAUAGUAGCCACAGAGAUUCAAAUCAUAGAGAAGAAAAAAGACACUCAGAUAGGGAAGAAAAAAGGCAAUCGGAUAGCCAAAGAGAUUCAAAUCAUCAUAGGGUUAAGGAAACACAAAGUAAACAUAACGAUCACCAUCACGAAAGCAGGAGUAGUAGUAAAUCGAAUGGCAGCAAGUCGAAUGGCAAAGAAAAAAGCCACAAAUCAUCCUCGAGCCAUGCUGAUAAAUCCAAUUCCAGUUCAUCAAAGUCAUCGUCAAGUAAGAGUUCGUCUAAAAGACAUCGCGAAGAGGAAUCUUCCCACAGAUCAAUCAAAAAAGAAGUUGACUUAAACGAUACUAUGGAACCGUCAGCUUCAACUUCAAAGCCAAAUGAAGAAACGGCGACAGACACACAUCACCCCAAAGCAAAGAAAGCAAAGCUUAUUGUCAAUGACGGUAUCGACAGCACAAUGGGUGCUAGUUUUUCUGAUGCUCUUGGAAUGUGCGGUAUAGGUGGAAGUUCGAAGAAAAACAAAAAACUCCAGAAACUUGCUGAAUCGACGAAGCCAGUCGUAGAAACACCACCACCACGCCAUUCAUCAUCAAAGUCUGUCGUCGUUGAAAAGCAAAGCAAGCCGACUGCGGAUCUAAUUCCCGAAGCUUUGAAGACAUCACCCAAAACUAAACUUGAUAUAUCAUUAAAUCUACCCAUAGCACCAUCAGUUAAGAUAUCAGACAAUUACAAACCCUCUCCCAUUAACCAAAAUGUCAUGAAUUGCAUUUAUCCCACAUCGUUCCCAGAGAAGCCGGCGUCUUUCAACUAUGAUGAUCUUAGCAUGGGUAUAACAUCCAAAACUAUGCGCACUAAAGUCUAUUCUGGGGUAAAGACGGGUGCACUAUUAUCAGUUCCCUCUCUCUUCGAUAUUUGCAUUCGAAUUUUGCAAAAAAACAUCGAUGCUCUGGAAUACACUGGAGGUGUUCCGUUCGAUGUUCUGAGGCCAGUUCUGGAGCGUACUACACCGCAACAACUGUUGAAUUUUGAAGACUACAAUGCUUAUUUAUUAGAAGACACUGAUGUUUUGUGGCAACAACAUGUUGGACGACAUUACCGUGGUAAGAUGAGGGAAGAAGGAGAAACUUGGCGAGAAAUGUUUUUAAGAUGCGAGGACGAAAAAGAAAGGCGACUUAGUAUACUUACUAAAAAUAUUAAAAUAUCUCAAAAGCAAAGCGCGCUGCCAAUUAAGAAGACUCGUUUAGCCUACGUAGACAAUGUGGUUAAGCCUCCACGGAGUGUCCAACGCAAACAAGAAAUAUAUGGGACAAAUGAUAAAAUGGUAGCAUCACCAGCAGCAAGGGUAGCAGCUUUGUCGUCUGCAUCGCAUAAUACUGUUGUAGCUGGUGAUCCUCGAUUAAAGAUUGGAAGAGAAUUGGCUGUUGGAGCCAAUAGUAAUUCUUUGAGGAUUAAAAAAGCUCCGUUGAUGGCUAAAACGUUGCAGUUUAUUAAGAAAACUUAUAAGAGAUAAAAAGUUGAAAAAAUAAAAA